GAAUCAUCUCACUUCCAUCCAUUCCGCUUUGGCCCUAUAAUUUGUCGUCCUUACUCACUGUUUGGCUUUACAAUCACACAAAAUUAAAAGCUAUUGGUUUUAUAAUAUAUUUGCUUUUAGUGUCGUGUGGCCUGACUCAUAUUUUGAUGGAUUUUUCCUGGUUUUCGUGCGUACAAAGGGGAAGUUGGUCCUCCAGAAAUCUCGGAUAGCUGACGUUAACAGCUGUGGACCUACGGCUAGCUAAACUCGCUAGCGCAUGAUAUCUUUAAAAAAAAGUGAUACGGUAAAAGUAGUAUGAACCAUUAAGGCGACGGUUUGCGUUCCCGUAACUUGUGUUCAACACACUAUGGUUCUCUGUAUGUAACUGUCAAGCUAAGAGCAGUUUGAUAGCGCCUAAAUUGUAAAGGCUGUGCUGCCUUGAGUUUUUGCUUGGUUAGCUUCAGGGAGACAUAUUUCGUCAUCUGCUGCUAGAAAAUAUGGAUUUCGAUAACAUAUUGGACAUCGCGUCGCAGAACCAGGGUAUCAGCAGUGUACAAAAGAGAUACAGUCUUCAGGCGGGACCACCUAAAAAGGACCCAAAGUCUAAAGGUGUAAACCCUGCUGCUGUGCAGGCACUGUUGAAAAAGCGGCAAAUCGAGUCAAGACUGAAAGAAAUUGAAAGUAAGAAACAGAAGGAGCAGCUGUUGGCGAAGAGGGUUGAGUUGAAGUCGGACCGUAAAGCACGGGCCAUGGCGUCCAGAACCAAGGACAAUUUCAAAGGCUACAACGGCGUUCCAGUGGUAGAUGUUCCCAAAAAGAGGGGCUCAAAACUAGAUAGGCAGCAAGAACAUUCAAAUGACUCUGAGAGAUUUCGGAAUAAUGCAAUCAACUCACUAGAGGAUGAAGAUAACUACGAGUAUGAGCAGACAGAUUCGGAGGCAGAGUCGGAGCCCGAGAUGCUGAGACCAGCGAAGCCUGUCGGUGUCAGUGGGACCAGUGGUACCAGCAAAUCUGUUUCAAAAAAACUUGCUGGGCCACCUAAACCUCCUCCUGCCAUGAAUUUUGCUGAAUUACUCAGAUUGGCAGAGAAGAAGCAGUUUGAGCCAGUUGAGCUAAAACCCAAGGUGAAAAAGGAAGAAAGGCUUCGCACGGCCGAAGAGAUACGUGAACUGGAGAUGGAGCGCAAGGCCAGGAGACCCGACAAACACAGGGACCCAAAGUUAGAUGGUGGAAGAGAUAGCAGGUCUCUGUCCAGUUCAAGUGCAGUAAGACAAAAUACUACAGAUAAAGAACAGAAACACAGCAGACCACAAAAGAACUCCAUCGAGAAGCCAAGUGUGCAAAGUAGAUCAGCAAAUAAGGUUCAACCUAUGGUGAAAAGCGACCGAGGGCUUGCCUUUUCCAAACCCUCUGUGAGUGAUAAAGAGAGGAACAGAGACAAGGUGCCUCACAGUGAUAGAGAACGACCUAAGAUGGGCAUGUCCACUACAUCAGUAGGUAGUAAAAACCCUUCGAAAGCUCCCUCAUCUCAGGUCUCAGUCAAACAAGCAAGCUCCAGGCCAGCGUUUAACCAAAAACCCAGCACCUCAAGUGACCUUAGCUCAAGAAAAGAUGGCAUGUCAUUGCAUCAAAAAAGAGCGUCAGGCAUUCCAGGGAACAGGCCCCCCAAUGCAGCUGGAGCCGUCCAAAAGUCUCAACAAGGAAGCUCGCAGCAGAUGAGGCCCAUUCAAGGCAGUUCAGUAAAACAGGAAUCCUUAGCCAGAGGGAUGAAACCCAGCAAAGGAGAUCCACAAAGGCCUGGAAAUAAUCCUGCGGUGAGAUCAAACAGUAAUUCACAGAUGAGGCCGUCUCUGGGUGGUCCCACCAAGGCAGGGAAUCAGUCUCAGCCGAGGCCCGCGGGUAUACCCCAGAAUAAACCAGGCGGUCUGCCGCAGGCCAGGCCAGGCGGCGGCGGUCCUGGGAGAGGUGGAGCUCGACCUCCAGGAUCUCAACCUUUUAGACCUGGUAGUGGAGGACAGAUACCCGGGCGGCCGAAUGGUAACCUUGGAUCUGGGCCCGGCAGACCCAAGUGCACUGUUGUGUCGGAGACCAUCUCAUCCAAGAAUGUAGGCGGACAAAGGCCAGGGGUCCCCCCUCGGCCGGCCAUGCAACAGAGACCUGGGAUGAUGCCAGGAAUGAGACCGGGAAUGCCUCCCAGACCUAUGAUGAACAGACCACCGGGACCCAUGUUGCCACCGAUAACAAGUGCAUACAAGAGGAAGUUCGAGGAGGAGGAGGAAGAGUACGACCCUGAAAUGGACGACUUCAUUGAUGAUGAAGGUGAAGAGCAAGAGGAAAUCUCUAGGCACAUUAAGGAGAUCUUUGGCUACGAUCGAACAAGGUACAAGGAUGAAAGUGAUUAUGCUCUUAAAUUUAUGGAGAGCAGUUGGAAAGACCUACAGAAAGAAGAAGCCAGGAGUUUAAGAAUGGCUGUGCAAGAGGACCUGGAGGAGGAGAAGCGGGAGGAAGAAGAGCUGAAUAGAAAAAAGGCCAAGAGGAAAAAAAUCAACUGAAGUCCCAUUCGUAUUUUGAUUAAUAAACAUUUCCUUUUGUCCUUGGAAUUGUGGUAUAGUGGCUUUGCGAUCCUGAAGCAUAAAGGCCCUUGUCCACAUUGGCCCUUUGGUGGCACUUCAUCCGGUGUUUUGAUGGAGAGGAGAAUUUGUAGUGAAAGAUGUGCUGACUAAAGACAAUAUGCACAACCCAUUGAACACAUUUGAAAAUAAUGAAAUGUCCUUAUUUAUUUCCCCUACAGAGUCCUGGCUUUAUUAUCUGGGAAGAAUGGAAUUGUAACCAGCAUAAUUAUAAGUUGUUUUUUUUAUGCUACCAAUAACACUGUCAUUUUUUUCCAGCAUAUUUUCUCGCUUAAUAAUUGAAACAAUAAUUGAACAUAUUGUCAGUUAAUGUGCUCAAAACAUUACCAUGUUGUGUAAAAUUAUUUGACAAGUAUAAUUGCAUAAAGGCUUUUAUUUAACU